CAAACAUUAGCUGGUAGCAUGUAGCUCUUUGUCAGUGUGUCCAGACUUUGUUGACAUCAUUAACUCACAAAUACUGUCACCGUGUUGGCACUGUUUGUUGAAAUGGAUAUUUUAGGAGACGAUGAGCUGAAAUACAAACGUAGCGGCCGCUUGGACAUGAGCCACGGCUUCCUGCACCACAUCCGGAGGAACCAGAUUGCUAGAGAUGACUAUGAUAGAGAGGUGAAGCAAGCCAAAGAGGUGAAGCAAGCCAAAGAGCUUCAGCGGCGGAGGAACACCACGACCCCUAGACGACCCCGUCGACCUGAUAUCCAAGUGUACCAUCCUCGACGCAGACAUGGAUCAGAGCCAGGGGCCGGUGCUGAAGCUGAAGAGUCUAAUGAGAGUGGGUCAAGCACAGAGACGGAGUGCCAUGGUACUGAACUCUUCUGGCUCGACUAUCAGGCGGACUCGGGUACCAUUACCUCAUUCCUUGUGCACAAGGAGGAUAAGCCUGAGGUGGUGGUGGAACGUGUCACAGAGAAGAACAUCCUGGAUUCAGCCAUGAGGGCAGCUCUACAGGCUCGAAUUCGAAAGGAAAUUGACAAAAGACGAGACAAACGCUGAAUGUAGAUUAUGAGGACAGAUUGGCUACAGGCAAAGAGGAGCAAUACUUUCUUUGCAGUUCUGCACUCCUUCAAAGCAUUAAUGCUGUUGACCGUGUUGGGGGCGUAAUGAAGACUCUGGGAUCAUGUACAGUGACAGUCUGCAGAGAUCCAACUCCGUGACCCACAAUCAAUCCGUCUUCUGUCUUUAAAGGAGAAAGAACAGCACUUAUCAAAGACAGUGUGGUCGGGAGUUUACUGUCAGGUUCAUGUUUACUACAUUUUACUCACCUUGGAUUGUUACCUCAUACCCUCAUUCAUAACUUCAAGGACACUUUGUACACCUUCAAGUUGACUGGACCUAUAAAACGAUGUUGCUUUGUAACCGUUAAAUUCAGAAAGGAGAAGGUACUCUUUGACAGAGAGCCUUCCUCCUCUGCGGAACAUGUCCUGUGUUUCUUGUGUUUACAAAGAUCUAGUUUUUAUAAACAAGAUUGUUUUUUGGGGUAAAAUGCUGUGAACGGAACAUCAGUCUAUCAGCAAGUCUAUGUUUAGAAAUGUGAGAAUGUAGUUUUGUUUCUUUUUAAGCGUUUAGUGGACGUAGCCAUGAUAAUGUGUUUGUGUGGCAACUGUUUCAUUGUUUUCAGUAUUCUAAUUUAUUUUGGAUUUUUGAAAUACUUUUAUUUUUGAUACUGUAAUUUUUUGAGUACACAACUCUUUACGUAUAAAAAAAAUGACAUAUAUAUAUAAAAGCCAUUUAUUACUGUCCAAAUGUGUCUGUGCACUUAUGGAAUUGAACAGCCAUAAAAUGUGAAUGUUU